AUGGGAGUUUCAGUCUCAACAGAAGACUUUGCUACGCUCGAAGGGUACGUUUACAAAAGUGGAGAGGAACGGGAAGAGAUUCUGGAACACGCAGGUUGGAAGUUAGAAGCACAAGAUCAUGACAUAGCAAUAUUUAUGGGAACAGACGUUGUCACAGCGGCGUUAAUAAGAGCCGUAGUUACAGUAUGUCUAACGAAACAAAAAGACACGAUGGAAACAUUUUAUAAAAAUGUUACAGAAAAAGAAAGACAACAAUUCGACCAACAAAUACAAACACUUUAUUCACAAGGAACCGCUAUAGAACACGAACUACAAAUAACGAAAGAUAAACUCCAAAAACAAGACAAAGAACUAGAAGAAUAUUUCAAAGCGAUGCCAAUAAACCAACAUAUAUCAAAUAUAGAAGUUGGUACAAAUGACAGACCAGAAUAUAAUACUACGAAGAGUAUACCGACAGGACAACUUAUAUCAAUAGACGAAGAAGAUAAUAAUACCGUCCAAGGCGAAAAUUCAAAGAGCGAGGGAAAAAAGAGAUGUCACGUGAACGAAAAACAAAUAGAUGAGAACGAUAUGGAAGGAGUUACAUUAACACCAAAUAGUAACAACAUCUCGAUGCACGAAAAAAAUUUUACAAACUCCAGAACAAGAUACCAAGCAAAGAUCAACAUUAACAAGCUAAAAUUAUCAAAAGAGGAAAUAGAAAACGAAAUUGGAAAAAUUUUUCACAAAGACAGAUUUAGGAUCGACAUCUCAAACAAGAACGGUAAAAAGUAUAUGUACGUAAUGUUUGCAACAAGUGAAGAAAGAACAAGAUUGACCAAUAGCGAAACAAUUAUCAACAACGUGGGCAAAUUCUACACGGAUCAAGAAAGGGAAGUGACGAUCAGUGACCCGUUAAAAUGCGAGAUCCUAAACAUACCGAUCGACAUUAGCAAUAGUGAAGUAAGCGAAGCAGUAGAUAACUAUGGAAUGGGAGACAUUAAUAGAGUGUUUAAUAAUACAAAAAAAUCAAAAGAUGGGAAAAAACGACACGAAAGUGUAUUAAUAAACCUAAAAUGCACCGACGCACAACUAAGAGAUACAUGGUCCAUACCAAUAGACGAUCUUGAUAACAGAAUCACGAUUAUCCCUCAAAAUCUAAAGGCAACACAGAAACAGGAAAGGAAGAAAUAUAUGGCCAAACUUAUAGACGUAGACCCUAAUAUAGAGUAUAAAGAUAUCAGUGAAAACCUAAACAACGUAAAGGCGAAAGAAUGGUAUAUCAAAGAAGACAAACGAACCAAUAGAAAGAUAAUUACAGUUUAUUUCAAAAAUGGCAAGGAAAGAGAUAGCGCCAUGAAAAUACCAUUCAUAGGCAGCCCUUUCAGACCAGCCAACACAGUUACAACAACAGCAGAUUCGAUGGAAGAAGAGCAUAUCACCAACACGGAAGAUACAACAACUCACAAGAUGCAAGAGAAUAUACAGGAAAAGGGGAACAAAGAGGACGUCAACAAUACAACAACAAACACCAAACAAAAUAUCAACAACAGACAAGACGACCCAAUGAUUACAGACAAAGAUAUAGCGGAAAUAACAACAACUAUGAACAAAGUUAAGAUUCAAGAAGAACUACAUAUAAAAGAUUCAAUCGAUACAACAAAAACAACCAACAAUUUAGAGACAGCGGAAGAAACUAUGAAAGAAAUUACGACAGAAGACCAAAUGAGAAAAACUCAAGAAAUCGCAGAAACUACCAAACUAAACAAAAAUAUAGUUACACCCAACGACACGACUUUAAUGGAAAAGCAAGAUACGAUAACAGAAGAGAAGAUAAUAACAGAAGAGAAAAUGAUUAUAGACAAUACGACACUGGAUACAAAAAACAACGCACAAUUCACGACAAAGAUAGAAGAAGAGGAAACGGAGUCCAUUAUGGACAUAGAUAUUGAAUCAACUUCACGAAGAAUUAGUAUAUAUGAGGAGGAGACGUGGGGCGAUGAAGAUACUGUAGACAAGUAUAUAGAGGAAAAUAAGAAGAUAAAAAACAAAAAAACAAAUAAAAAUUUAAAUAAUAACAAAAUAAACAAUAAGAUAAAAAUAGGUUGUAUAAAUAUAAGGGGUUUAAACGAUGAUAAAGGAUAA